GCCAGUGUUGACACUUAAUCCAUUUCACUCAGCAGAUUGCUUUUGACUGGAGGAAGAAGUUGGGGAAAUGAAAGAAGGAAAAUGAGAAUGAAAGAUGGGAGUAAGCAAACAAUCAUCAUUAAGUAUUAUUAAGUGCCUACUAAGGGCCAGUGACUGCUGAGCCCCAGGAAUACAAAAAGAAGCAAAAUACAUUACCUGCCCUGAAGAAGCUUACAAUUUAAAGGGAAGACAACAUGGACACAGACAUACAAAGCAAGAUACACUUAAAAUGUUUAUAUACACAUAUAUGAUCAAUAGGAGGGAAAGCACUGGAAUUAAGAGGGUUUGGGAAAGGCUUCUUGUAGAGCAAGUAAUGUGGUGGGGGAAAUGCAGAAUGGUGUAAAGAGAGUCCAGCAAUUAAAUCCAACAAUUAGCAUUUAUUACGCAUCUAAUAUGGGCCAGUGUGUAAGUGUUGGCAUACCAAACAAAAAAAAAAAACACAAAAAACCCAACUUAAAAAAUGUUUUUGUUUUGUCCUGCCCCUUUCCCUCUUCGUCCCUGCAGGACACGGCUCCUUUAAGCGCGCCCUCGCUACGUAACCGAUGCCACCGAGUUCUAAGCGCGUUCUGGCGUCGGACCAAGGCUAAGGAAGUUUGUCCACUUGGGGCCGCCGUCGUGCCGCGUCGCCAUAUUGUCCGCUGGAUCCGCCGCCAGAGCCGCCGGGGUGUCCUGAGAGAGCGGAGCUGCGCCGGGAUGGAAACCAUGGCGAGCCCAGGGAAGGACAAUUAUCGGAUGAAGAGCUAUAAGAACAAAGCACUGAACCCAGAAGAAAUGAGAAGGCGGCGAGAGGAAGAGGGAAUCCAGCUUCGUAAGCAGAAACGAGAGCAACAGCUUUUUAAACGAAGAAAUGUAGAACUAAUCAGUGAAGAUGCUGCCAUGUUUGACACACUACUCAUGGACUCCUAUGUCACCUCCACCACUGGGGAAAGAGUGAUCACAAGAGAUAUGGUGGAGAUGCUCUUUUCUGAAGACUCUGACCUGCAGUUAGCAACCACACAGAAAUUCCGCAAGCUGCUCUCAAAGGAGCCAAAUCCUCCCAUAGAUGAGGUGAUCAAUACCUCUGGAGUGGUGGACAGGUUUGUGGAAUUUCUGAAGAGGAGCGAGAACUGCACAUUACAGUUUGAAGCUGCCUGGGCCCUGACCAACAUUGCCUCCGGAACCUCACAACAGACCAAAAUUGUCAUCGAAGCUGGGGCUGUCCCUAUCUUCAUAGAAUUACUUAACUCUGACUUUGAGGAUGUACAAGAACAGGCUGUCUGGGCCCUGGGAAACAUAGCCGGUGACAGCUCUGUCUGUAGAGAUUAUGUUCUGAACUGUGCCAUUCUUCCACCGUUGUUGAUACUCCUCACAAAAUCCACACGUGUGACGAUGACCCGGAAUGCUGUCUGGGCCCUGUCAAACCUGUGCCGAGGAAAGAAUCCACCCCCUGAAUUCGAAAAGGUUUCUCCUUGUUUGCCCGUGUUGUCCCGUUUGCUAUUCAGCAGUGACUCAGACUUGCUGGCAGAUGCUUGCUGGGCCCUCUCCUAUCUGUCUGAUGGCCCCAAUGAGAAGAUUCAAGCUGUCAUAGACUCUGGAGUCUGUCGGAGACUGGUGGAGCUCUUGAUGCACAACGAUUACAAAGUGGCCUCUCCUGCCCUUCGAGCAGUAGGCAACAUUGUCACUGGUGAUGAUAUCCAGACCCAGGUAAUACUUAAUUGUUCAGCCCUACCUUGCCUCCUCCACUUACUGAGUAGUCCCAAGGAGUCAAUCCGGAAAGAAGCUUGCUGGACCAUUUCAAACAUCACAGCUGGAAACAGGGCCCAGAUACAGGCUGUCAUAGAUGCAAAUAUUUUUCCUGUGUUGAUCGAGAUACUGCAGAAAGCUGAAUUCCGAACAAGGAAAGAGGCUGCCUGGGCCAUCACCAACGCCACAUCAGGAGGGACUCCUGAGCAAAUCAGGUAUCUGGUUACUUUGGGUUGUAUCAAACCUCUGUGUGACUUGCUGACUGUGAUGGACUCUAAGAUCGUACAGGUUGCCCUCAACGGUCUUGAAAACAUCCUCCGGUUGGGUGAGCAAGAGGCUAAGCGGACCGGUGCAGGGGCCAACCCCUACUGUGGCCUCAUUGAAGAAGCUUACGGCUUAGACAAGAUCGAAUUUCUCCAGAGCCAUGAGAACCAAGAGAUCUACCAGAAGGCCUUUGACCUCAUUGAGCACUACUUUGGUGUAGAAGAUGAAGACACAGGCCUGACCCCUCGAGUGGAUGAGACACAGCAGCAGUUCAUCUUCCAGCAGCCUGAGGCCCCCAUGGAGGGCUUCCAGCUAUAAUGCCUGCUUAGGGGAAGGGAAGGGAGGGAGAAGACAGGAGAGCACCACAGACCAGCCCAUACAGUCUUUGGCAGUGAUGGUUGUGGUAGUGGUGGUGGCGGUGGUGGUGGUGGUGACAGCGGCAACGGCGGCAGCAGCAAAAGGGAGGGACGCCUAGGUUCCCUGCCCCAGUCCAGAGACUGCCUUUGCUGCCCACUCCCUCCCUUCCCAGGAGGCCCCUCUGAGGACAGGCCAAGGCUAAGGUUUUGCUUUUGUGGAGAAAAGGGGACUUGUUUUUCCUCCUUACCCACUAUAUUUUUGCUGCAUACCUGUCUAACCCAAGAGCCCAGGGUGGAAAAAGGAGGACUGAGGUAACCAAUUUGCACCUUUUUUUUUUUUUUGUUUUGUUUUGUUUUGUUUUGUGGUGAUUUUUCUCUUCCUUUUUCCCUUUCUCCCUCCCUAACCCCUACCCCAGGCUGUGCCAGUCUUACUUUGG